GCCCAUUUAGUGUCGUCCCCCCACUGCACUGAUAUUUGCCAUUCGAGCACUCGCGCCAUUGCGGCACAGACUGCUACGCACGUAGCUGGUGUCCACCUCUCAACUCAACUGAGUCAAGCGAUUAAGCGUAAUUAUCACUCUAUACCUGCCGCUGCCUCUUGCCGCCGCCUCUUAUCGCCACUAAGGCCUCCCCUCCCCAAUGACGGACAAAGACGCGACAUCCUGCGACGUGGCGCACUUCCUGAAAAACUUCGCAGACUUAGAAAAAUCCUACGAACAUCUCCUCAACCGGAAAAAACAAAACGAGCUCAGACUCACUGAGGCGCUCAGGAGUCUUGACGAAAUGAAGGAGCAGUACGAACAGGAAAAAAAAAAGAAUUUCGAAAUGUCAAUUGCUAUAGGGGAACACACAGAUAAGCUAAUAAAAAAGCACAGUUACGCGGAAAGUUACGACUUCGUGAAAAGGCAGAACGAUGAUUUUAAAGAAAAAAUCGAAUCCCUGCGGAGGGAAAAGGAACAGGACAAGCUGCUCAUGGAGGAGAGAACAAAAUCCCUGGAGAUGAAGAAACAGAGAGAAGUGGAAGAAUACGAUGGCAAGCUGAGAGAGAACAAAAAUAAAUUGCUUCAACUGGAGAGUCAAAUAGUAGAGCUUGACUUGGACAUCGUGUCAAAGGACGAGGAGAUAAACAAACUCUCCUCACUAUUAAAAGAAAUUAAAAAGGAACACGAAACGGAGAGACUGGAGUACGAGCUGAAAAUAAAAGACUUGAUUAAAAAAAAGACGAAAGCAGUCGGAAAAGAGGCCAUGCGGGACAUAAUAAAUGACAAUGGAAGUCACGCCUUGAAAAAUUUAAAAAACAAGCUCCACAAAUGCAACAAAAUGGAAAAGGAAAAUGCCAAUUUGAAAAGGACCAUAAACAAAACCGAGAAAAAAACGAGCAGUGCACAAGACCGCACAAAAAUUGGAUGUAUCAAGAGCUUAUAUAAAAUAUAA